CGGGCGCCUCCAGCCCGCAGCCGCCCGCGAUCGCCACGCCGCCGCCUGCUCCGGCCUGGCCGGGCCGGGUUAGACCGAGCAUGGAACCCAGGAAGCCCCGGGAGGCCCGCGAGCCUGGGCCGGGGCCAGAGACUGCGGCGGCCCCGCGCUGGGAGGAGGCUAAGACUUUCUACGACAGCCUCGCUCCCAAGAAGAAACCCAAAUCGCCCAAGCCUCAGAAUGCAGUCACCAUUGCUGUGUCCUCCCGGGCCUUGUUCCGCAUGGACGAGGAGCAGAGGAUCUACACAGAGCAGGGCGUGGAGGAGUACGUACGCUACCAGCUGGAGCAUGAGAAUGAGCCCUUCAGCCCUGGGCCAGCCUUCCCCUUUGUGAAGGCCCUGGAGGCUGUGAACAGGCGGCUCCGGGAGCUGUACCCCGAUAGCGAGGACAUCUUUGACAUUGUCCUCAUGACCAACAACCACGCUCAAGUGGGAGUCCGCCUCAUCAACAGUAUCAACCACUACGAUCUAUUCAUUGAGAGAUUCUGCAUGACAGGUGGGAAUAGCCCCAUCUGCUACCUCAAGGCCUAUCACACCAACCUCUACUUGUCAGCUGAUGCGGGAAAAGUGCGAGAAGCCAUUGAUGAGGGGAUUGCAGCUGCCACCAUCUUCAGCCCCAGCAAGGACGUGGUUGUGUCUCAGACCCAGCUACGUGUGGCCUUUGAUGGGGAUGCUGUACUCUUCUCGGAUGAGUCAGAGCGCAUCGUGAAGGCCCAUGGGCUGGACAGGUUCUUUGAGCACGAGAAGGCCCAUGAGAACAAACCUUUGGCCCAGGGCCCCCUAAAGGGCUUUCUGGAGGCCCUGGGUAGGCUGCAGAAGAAGUUCUACUCCAAGGGCCUGCGGCUGGAGUGCCCAAUUCGCACCUACUUAGUGACAGCACGCAGUGCAGCCAGUUCCGGGGCUCGAGCCCUCAAGACCCUGCGCAGCUGGGGCCUAGAGACAGAUGAGGCCUUGUUCCUAGCUGGAGCACCUAAGGGCCCCCUCCUUGAGAAGAUCCGCCCACACAUCUUCUUUGAUGACCAGAUGUUCCAUGUGGCUGGGGCUCAGGAGAUGGGCACUGUGGCCGCCCAUGUGCCUUAUGGUGUAGCACAGACACCCCAGCAAACUGUACCUCCAAAGCAGGCUCCAACUGCACAGUAGCUGAGCUGUCUGCUCUAGGAUCUUUGUCUGGUGAACCUCCUAGUUCCUCACCGUCCUGCCCUCCCGCAUGCCUGCCCUCAUCCCUCUGAGUGUGGUUCUUGAAGGAAGUGCCACAGACUGGGCCAGGAUUCUCACCUUCCCUCCUUUAGGGUAAACACUGUGCCAUGAUCCUGGCCGGGACAGUAGGACAGUGCAGAAUAGCUGAAUUUCAGGGAGAAGUUGCUGGGACUGAGGGUGGAAGGGUCCAAGAAGCCCGGAUGCCUCAAAAGGAGCCUGAGAUAGAAACUAGCUCAGUGUAGUACAAAGAACACUGCUGUGAGAGAGGGCGAGUCUGAUGUCCAAGCUCUGCCUUCACAAGAAAAGCAUGACUUUGGAUAGUAUCUCCCCUUCCUGGGCCUCAGUUUCCCUAUGUUUUAGGUAGUUUUUAAACCGUCCUUUAGCCAGCCAGGCUUGGUUUUUAUAAGAUGGCCCUUUGAAGGAGGCAUUCUGUGCAGGGCUGCUGUAUGCAUGGCAGCUGUGCAGAUUACAGAAGGGCACUCUUCGAGGGAAAAAGACAGCCCCUCUUCUGGCCUGACCCAGUCCCAUCCCGGGUUACACACCCUCAUUAGCAAGAUACAGGCUGGAUUUCAGCCCCACUCACCCCUCAGCCCAAAGGCUUUUGUCAAAUGGGCAAAUGCCUAUCUAUAACUUUCCAUGUUUGCAAAUCACUGGACAGGACAACUUGUUUCCUGUGAUAUUCUGACCUGAGCUAUCGUGAUUCUGUGGCCAAGUGCAAGAUUUGUGGAAAGGAGCUAGGAGAGAGUUAGCCUUCGUGCAAAUUCUCCUCUGGCCGACAGGGGGCACUGCAGGCUCUUUCUGGGGAGAAGAUUUUGUGGCUGCCAAGGAAAGGUUUCCUUUUGCCUAAGCUUUUAACCAAAGUUCAGUUGUUCUGCCAGCCAACCCCCAACUCAGCCCUCAAUCCCCCAGUCAUGGCAUCCUGCUGUGCUCUUGGGCAGCUCUGCUAGUGGAGAAAGAAGGGAGAAUCUGUGGCCCCCGACAUAGAGGAGAGAAAGCCCAGUGUGUGAAUGGGCAGUUGUGUAGCCUGAGCCCAGAGGUAAGGCGCUGCCUGAGUAAAGUGGGAAGUGUCCGGAGGCCUAAUCUGAAAUCAAAGGAACUGAGGCACUGAUGGCUCAGACAGGAAGUUGCUGAAUGCACAGUAGCAAAAUUCUCCCACUGUGGAUAGUGAGUCAGAGCUGCUGUAGAGGCCAUGAGCUCUGUCCCUGAGAGCACCAGUGACUCCUCCACUCUUGCAGGAGCACCUUCUUCCCACCUCCCAGAGAGCACUCCUGUCCUGAUGGACCAGCCUCCCUUCCUCUUUGCUGAACAGCCCUGGCUCUUGAAGAGGAAAAGUAGAAGCACGAUGGCUGAUCCCCUAGGAAGACCAAGAAGGGGCAAGAAGACACCUGUGUGUACACCAGCUGCCUGGCUCCUGCAAGCAUUCUAGCUGUGAGUGAGCACUUUGUGAAGAAAGCCAAGGGCAUCCUCCAAGGGACAAGAGCCUAGAGGCAUGGGGUGCGGGGUAACCUGGACAGCCCAGCCCUUGUCCUCCUGAGCACUCAGCCCAGAGAUACUGUGCAACCUAAGAACAGCUGCAAGGAAAUGACAAGGGAGGGAGGGGGAGAGACAGACAGACAGACAGACAGAGAUCUCAGUCUCAAGGUCAUCUUCCUCUUGCCUGAACCACACAGAAGGUCUGUGUUCCCCCUGCUGUCAGGAUCACAUUCGCCCCUUUGGAGGAACCUCUAGAGCUUACAGAGAAAGUGGCUGUAAGAAACCUGCAAGGACAGGCACGGCCCAAGCUCACAGAGUGGACCUGUGCACUCUGAGGGCAAUACCAGCUGUCACCUCAUUGAGAUGAACUCCAGGGAUUCUGGGACCUGUGAGGUCCAGUGCCAGGGCCUAGGGAUGAACACCAUAGAACCUUUCAGCUGGUUCAGGAAGCAGGAAGAUAUGAUGUUGGGGACAGAAAGAUAAGGGGCAGUGAGGGCUGUGGAUUUCAGUGGAGCCACCAUUAAAGGAUGUAGACAGCCCUGGGCAGCAGGGAGACACUAAAGGUCCAAAUUCUAUUACUGAAACCACAGAUGAACAGCCAGAGCCUGGAAAGCAGCUUUGAGAAACUGGCAUAAAAGGCAGAUGUCUUGGAGGCAGGCUUUGGAGGCAGCCAGACAGUCCUUCUGGUGGUCUCAAGUGCUGAGGAAGGGCCCAGGGUCCCCAGGACAUAAAAAAGCCAGAUGAGCAACAAAGCCCCAGGCCCAGCCUCAGACUACAUCACUGGGGCAGAGGGGCCACAGCUUCCAGAACACUGGACCCAUUUAGCUGAAAACACCCAGGUCUUGCAGAACACUGGUCCCAGGAAGUGCUUGCCAUCAGAGUCCCAGACCCAGUGGAACUGCCAGAUGAACAGAAGCCCUGUUAUUAAGCACUGAGUCUGCUCAGAUCAUCGCAAAACAGCCCCCUGUCCUAUCCAAGAGCCCAAUCAGAGCAGUGGGAGUGUAAUGGAACAUGCAUGCUAGGAAAAAAAAAAAAAAACAAGCUCAAAUCCAAGAUGGAUUCAACAUGGUAACAAUAGUCAGUGUGCACCCAUACUGCAAAACCGAUCACUGAAGCACUGAGAAAUACCUCUGCACCAGUUGGUAAAUAGCCCUGCCCUAAGUGUCCUUUGUGACCUCUGCUGCCCUGGCCCCUCUGCUGUGAAUGUUCCAUCUUCCCAAGGCUGCACCAGCACCAUGGCUAGUGUCCACUCUAUUUGGUGCCAUCUCACCAUGCUGGUUUAGGGAGUUAGAGUAACUUGUUCAAAGCCACCCAGCUAGUAAGUGGUGGUGCUGGGACUCCAAGUCGUGUCUGUCUGAUGCUGCGACUAGGUUCUUCGGUACUGCACAGGUGUGUUGAAAUGCUGGAUGGGGACACUGGUUAUAGCUUCCUAAGUAGCUAAAAGCAACUUCAAUUAGAGCCAACCGUUUGCAGAUUCCCCGAAGCACUUCCAAACAACCCCAAGUUCUGUGGAGCCCAAUUUGAAAACCCCUAAUUUGAGCUAAUAUGGGAUUUGGUAAACUGGGAGCCCUUAAGCCAAACUUGACCUCCAGCAUGUUUUAUUUUGUUUUGCUUGUUUGGGGGCUUGUCCUUUGUUUUUGAGACAGGGUCUCUCCAUGCAGUUCAGGCUGGCCUUGAACCUACUGUGUAGCCCAGGCUGGCCUCGAACUUGUGGGGAUCCUCUUGCUUCAGUCUCCUGAGUGCUAGGAUGACAGGUGAGUGCCACUGUACCCGGCUAUUUGUUUGCCUUUGAGACAGAAUCUCACUGCGUGUUCCAGGAGGGCCCUGGUCUCAAACAAUUUCUCACUUGCCUCUUGAGUGCUGGCAUUACACCUGUGUGCUACUGCGCCCAGCUGUACUCCAUUUGUUUGGAGUAUACCGUCUCUGUUAGUUUACAUGUUUUUGAGCUGCUGCUCUAGAACUACUGCAGCAAAGCUGAAUGGUUGCAAGAGACUGCAAGGCCAAAACUAUUUAUUAUCGGUCCUUCACAGAAAAAGUUUAUUGCCCCCUGGGCUAAGGCAAAGAUCCCUGGCCCAUACCUCAGUGAGAUGAAUCAGGUCACCACCACCUAAGCAGUAGAGGACAGGUGUUAACUCCACUGCUGGGGGGCAGGGUUGGGAGGCUCUGUGGCUGCCUGAUCCUUGCUUGACAUUUGAGGAUUUCAGAUUCCAAGCUGUAGUCACCUGUACAGCCAGCUACUCAGCAGGCUGAGACAGAAAGAUCACAGGUUUGAGGCCAGCCUGGGCAACAUAGCUAGAUUCUAUCUCAAAAAUAAAAAUAAAUUGACUAGAAUCAGAUUCCAAGUUUUGACUGUUUUUAGUGCCUCAUGACCUAUUGUUAUUUGCUAUUUAGCUGAUGCAUGAACUUGAUUUGAGCCAAAUUGAGAAGGCCUCCAAGCUGAUGGCUGAAUGUGCAGGGAGCAGGAACCUUGGCUAGGGAUGAGCUCUGCUUGCUAUCUGGUGUCUGCUCAGUGUGGCUUUGUGUUCUCAAUUUGUCAUUGGCCUCGUGGGACCUCUUGGGCAGUGAGCAGUGCUGGUAGGUGGAUGAGUGUUCAAUAUAUGUUUUGGAGAAAGUGAAGUGCCCAGCGUUGACUUCAGCAGCUCAGAUCUAACAAGUCAUCCUUAAGUGCUCUCUGAAAGCAAGAACAAGUUCUUCAAGAAGAGGGUCCCAGGUGGGCUUUGUCUGGCUCAGAAGCUAUUGAUCAAGUAAAAGUUGGAACAGCAGUUUUCUUGCCAUGAGGCGGUUAGCAACAAACAUACCCUCACAAUGCAAUUGUGGAUCAGAAGGCUCCGGGAUCUGCUGCAGAAAUGGCAAGUGCGGAAGCUGUCCCACCUACAGCUACAGUGCCGGCGCUAUUCCAUGAGGAUAGCCCUCUCUUCUAAGGCUCAACUUGGCCUCAGAGCCCUCCACUCAGCACUCUAGGCAGUACUGCCAGUUGGCUGAAGGAGGCAUGGGCGAUGGACCCUGUUUGGCCUCCCCUAUUUGGUGUUGGGAAUUGCUUUCCUGGAAGCACAUGAGGCCCCGGGUGCCCAUUCUCUGAUGCUAUGGUGCAACUCCAAGGAUGCCAGGGUCUCACCGCCUCAGGUGGAACACAGCAGGGAGGAGGAAUGAAUGGCAUCCCGUGGUUGGCUGCUUCCCUGGAUGCGGUGUCAGAGAAGCAGCGUCCUGAGCUUUGCAGUCUUGAAGGAAAGCGAAAAAAACUCUCUUGUCAGUAGGUGGCACUGCAGGCCAGCACCCAGCUGUUGGUUGUGGUUAGUGUUUUUACUCACUGAUUACUUGUCUCUCCUCCUAUAUUACUUGGUGCUGUGUUUGUACCUCCCUGCCAGGUAGUUCUAGCCAGCCCAAAAAGGACCUCAGGUGCUCUGAAAAUGUUUCCUAAACAUACAUGUGUGAUGAGCUGAUUGCUCUCACCAAUAACCACUGUGAUUGUGGAUAGAGACACACACAUAAAUGUGUACAACAGGAUAAAAGCUGCAUGGAUGAGUGUUUGUGUGGGUAUAUGUAAUGGCUCUGGCACCUCUGCUGAUGACUGUAUGUGUGCGGGCCUGUUUGUGUUCCUCACUACAAGUGUGUACAGAUGUUUAUCUCUGUUAACUGAGGAUCCUGGGCUCCAUAAACAGAACUCAUGGCCAGUCCUGCCGCUUGGGACUGGUUCUGGCUUUUCUUGAAAUCUCACAGACGUUGUAUGCAGGUAGCCCAGGGGUCACUGAGGCCAUUCCCCUUAGUCUUCCUCCCCAGCUUCUAGCCUCUGGCCAAGGUCUUGGGUCUUAAUUGGCUACCUCUCGUCCUUACCCUCGGAAGUCUUGGGAAGGAAGUGGUAGAAUCUAUGCUAGGACAGCCUUCUUGAUUAUACCUCCCUCGCUGUCUUCCACGUGUUUCUUCCUCCCUCCUCAGUGCCAGGGCCAGCACAGGCUGAUUACACACUCUGAACAUCUAGAGGAAGCUCGCUCACACAAUGACUUGGGCGGUUUCUAAGCCUGCAGGAUGUGCCAGCUGUGCACAGAUGUCCUGGCCAUGUCUUAUGGCCAUGGCUGAGAAGUUGGCCUUCCUCCCUAACCCCCCAACCCCCUGGCCCAGCCUAGCCUAGGCUGGAAUUCCUUCCUUUGCUUGGGUUUUCUUGUCUGACCAGAAGUGACCUACCCUUGACCUUGGUUGGGAAGUGUCUCCCUGAUGGGCCAUUCCCCAGAGGACUUUGGGAGUAAUGAAUGAAAGUGAAAUGUGGCCAGGAAGCUUUCUGUUCCUCAUCUCUGUGAAGUCAGAGGCCUCAUAAGGCAAACCAAAGCUCUACAGACCAGGAUCGGACUCCUGCACUCCUGGCCUGGGGUGGAUGUAUCUGCCACUGAGUUAGGGGAAGGGCUCAAGGCUAAACUCAUAGCUGCUACCAGUAGAAAAUCCCUGAGGUCACCACAGACCAGGGGUCACAAACUCUACAGGGGCCAGGCAAGAAACAGAAACGAGCAAAGGGAAUCAGUAAGGUCUUUAGUGAGGUAGAAACACUGAGCUUCUGAUACACUGCUGCCACGUGGGAAUAAAGGCUCACAUUGCCAGAUAUUCCAACCAGUCUUUCAUGAGAGGCUAGAAAUCUGUAUUUUCAAAUGUUGGCAACUCUUUCAAGUUUAAAAAACAUAGUUCGAGCCAAAGAAAACAUAUCUUGUAGGCUAAAUCUGGCCCUCAAAUCUCUAGUUUGCACCCACUGAACCAGGUCCGCCCAGCAACUUGGGAUUUCUAGACCUAAGUAACUUAGAGUGAGAGGAUAUCACACUCAUAGUCAUGGUUCGAGAGAAUUUGGCAGUGACAUAGUUUAGCCUGUGUGUGUUUUCAACUGUGUAGGUACAAACUGCUUUAUUAACUUAAUAUGCCCAUAUCCUUAAUUCCUGGUUGCCAAUGAAGAGUGUCUCAGUCACCCUAGUUUAGAACGUGAUUAAGAAUGAAGCCUUCACACGUGGCGUGUGCGCAUCUCUUCCCAGCUUUGCCCCCUUGCCUGCCUGCUCAUAGCACUCUGUGGGUCUCCAGCUCCUUCUGGCCCCUCAUAGCAUUUACCUGGUCACAUGAUAAAGGGUGCUACAUGCUGGUCCAUAUGGAUCCCCUGCACUCCUCACAUGUAUCCUAUGCCUUCAUUUUACAACCAGGGCUUCUGCAUCAUAAAAGCCAUUAAAAUAAAUAGAGAUUUUCAUUAAA